GGCAGCCUUCAGCUGCGGGCGCUGCGCCCUGAGGAUGCCGGCACUUACUCCUGCUGGGUGGCCGGACCCCUCCUCAAUGAGACCCUCUACGUGGAGCUGCUGGUGCACAACUUCACCCUGCACGGCCCCCACGACACCCUGAACACGGCCUACACCACUCUGGUGGGCUGUAUCCUGAGCGUGGUGCUGGUGCUCAUCUACCUGUACCUCACCCCGUGCCGCUGCUGCUGCUGCCGUGGCACCGAGAAGCCGCCGGCACCGCGCGAUGACAGCAUCAACUCCUCGGUGCUGAGCACCACCCCGAACCACGCCGGGGGCACCGGGGAGCCCUGCGGAUCCCACAUGGCCUCCGGCGGCGGCACAGGGCAGAACGGCAGGUUCAAGGGUGGGGGGAGCCCCUCGAUGCCCGCCCGGCAGGGCCCCAAGGCGCAGAGGAAGGUGUCGGAUCCAGACUCGGUGAGUUCCGUCUUCUCCGACACACCCAUCGUGGUGUGAGGGGACACUGUGGGGACAGUCCCCAGGGACACCCCAUGUCGGCCACUGCAAGCUGUCCCUGGGCAGGAGGGGUGGCCAGACCCCACUGCCGUGUCCCCAGCUUGGGGGGUCACGCCGUCACACCCCAGGACUGAGCAUCGCUGCCGGCCCCCGCCGAGGCCUCUGACACCACGGGACAGUGAGGGACAAAGAUGUGACACAUGCUUUGGGGACAGUCUCCCACCGUGACCUGUCCCAGGGCAGGAGAGGUGGCUGGACCCCCACAGCUUUUGGGGGUCCCAUCAUCAUCCCCCAGGACUCAGCAUCGUCCCACACCCCCACUGAGAUCACAGUGAGGGACAGGGGUGUGAGGGGACACACCAUGGGGACAGUCCACCGGGACACCCUGUGUUCCUACUGCUGCUGUGACCUGUUCCCCAUGGACAUGCCAUGGGCAGGAGUGGCUGGGCCCCUACCGCCAUGUCCCCAACUUGGGGGGCAACACCACUGCCCCCCAGGAUGGAGCAUCACUGCUGGCCCCCACCGAGGUCACUGCACGAGCGCAGGGGACAAGGACACACCGUGGGGCAGUCCCCCACUGCAGCCUGUCACCCGGCAGGAGGGGUGGCCAGACCCCCACCACCAUAUCCCAACUUUUGGGGGUCCUACCAUCACCCCUCAGGACUGAGCAUCAUCCCUGGACCCUGCCGAGAUCACUGGGGGACUGUGAGGGACAAGGGUGUGAGGGGAGACAGCAUGGGGAGUCCCCAAGGACAUCCUGUGUCCCCACUGCCACUGCGAGCUGUCCCCAGGCAGGAGGGGUGGCUGGACCCCCAUCACCGUGUCCCCAGCUUUUGGGGAUCCCACCAGGACUGAGCAUUGUCCCUGGCCCCUGCCAAGGUCACCGGGGGACAGCAGUGGACGAGGGUGUGAGGGGACUCACCACGGGGACAGUCUCCUGCUGUGACCUGUCCCUGGGCAGGAGGGAUGAUCACACUCCCACCACCGUGUCCCUCGUUUUUGGGGGUGUCACCAUUGCCCCUCAGGACUGAGCAUCACUGCUGGCCCCCGCCGAGGUCACCGCAGGACCACAGGGACAAAUCUGUGAGGACAACGUGGCCACCAAGUGCAGGGCAUCAGCCCCACCGGGCUCUGAGGACUGAAGGACAGCGACAGUGGCAGCCGUGAGCCCCGAGGAACGGCAGCACCAGGCAGAACCCCCCUCCCUGCAGCCCCGGCCCCCCUUGGCAUGUGCAUGGCCAAGCAUGAGUCCCCCGGGGAGCAUGUGCCACCCCCGGGGGGACACCGGGGGAGUGUCACCCCCCUGGGGAACCCCCAACACCCUCCUGAGCCCCCCUGCAACCCACAGCUGCAAACAGAGCCCUUCCCCCACCGGGGGUGGGACCCGGGGGCUC